AACAAUUUGACAUUUUGUAAUAAAUUAUUUGUAAAAUUUAUAAGAAAUGCUUAUCACACAUUUCUGCGUGUCCUUGGCUGUAUUACUUUUAAUUAAUUUGAACUUAUUGUUAGCUCAGCCUUGGAGAAAUCGCCAUACAGCAAAGCUGAAGUAUCUAGCUCAAGCAGCCAAGUCGCCUAAACUACAAGCUCUGCGACUAUUUCCAUUAGUUAAGCCACGCAAUAAGCCAUUAGCUCGGAACAAUGCUGCACAAACUAAUGCUGAACCAACUAAUGCUGAACCAACUAAUGCUGCACAAACUAAAGUUGCUACAAUUACUGAUAUUGCUGGAAAAAAUCCUGCAAUUGCCGGGACAACAGAACCCUAUGAAAUAACCAUAUCACGUCCCAGAUUUGUGAAGGAUGAACACGGCAACUGGGUGGCGAAUCAAGGAUUGACGCAUGGCGAACUUUGGCAGGACACUUACUUUAAUAAAGACUCGAAGCAAAUAGGCAGAUUGAUAGUGGAUCAAAUGCCAAAAAAAGACUACGUACCCAAUGGACCGCUAACAACCGUUUGUCUAGGCAAAUCAUCGAUUUACAACAUACCUAGGGUAAGGCCUUGGCUGAAACGUAAUGUUUAUAUGAUCUAUGAUCUAUAUCGACCCAUAUGGAUAGAACUACGGCGUGAACUUUAUAAGAAUGGCCAAUCCGAAAGCUGUCAUUUGCCAAAGUUUACGAAAUUCCAGGAUUUUUUCGAUUGUACUAUACGUCGGCAUAUGCGCAUGGAAUAUAUGAUACCCAAAUAUCCGUUACAUCAAAUGGGCUAUAGACUUUUGCCUACAAAAGGCUACGAUUCAAGAAAAAAGAAAAAAAUGCUAGCAUAAGGCCAUAGAGCUAAUAAAAGAGCCAUUGACAAAAAAA